AUGGCGAUGCUCUCUAUUGGGACGCUCGUUACGUGCAAGACGCACUCUCUUUCGACUGGUACCAACGUUACUCUUCUCUUCGUCCUUUCGUUCGCAACUUCGUCCCUACUUCUUCACGAGUACUCAUGGUUGGCUGUGGCAAUUCCCUACCAGUUUAAAGAAUUUGACUUUGGUGCAGUAAUGUCAGAGGAUAUGGUUAAGGAUGGAUACGAGGACAUUAUGAAUGUUGAUAUUUCUUCAGUGGCUAUUGAGAUGAUGCAGACCAAAUAUACCUCUGUUCCUCAGCUCAAAUAUAUGCAAAUGGAUGUUAGGGAUAUGAGUUACUUUGAGGACGAAUCCUUUGAUACUGUCAUUGAUAAAGGAACGCUUGAUUCAUUGAUGUGUGGCAAUGAUGCUCCUCUAAGUGCUCCGAGAAUGUUGGGUGAAGUUAGCAGGCUGAUUAAACCUGGAGGGACCUACUUUUUGAUAACCUAUGGUGAUCCCAAAGUGAGAAUGCCUCAUUUGACUCGUUCUGCGUACAACUGGAAGAUCUCCUUAUACAUCAUACCAAGACCAGGAUUUAAAAAGCCGGGAAGUUGUAGCUCAUCAGCGAAACCGUGUCUUGAAGCUAUACCUGUGACAAGCGAAGGAAUGCUGCCACAUGAUUAUGUUCUGGAGGAUCCUGAUUCCCAUUUUAUUUACAUAUGUAAAAAGACAGACCAAGAAGUAGCUCAAGUACCUUCAUACCCUUUAAUGGAGGAUGUUUUGUAG